AAUGAGGAUCCGAUAGUCUCGUUAUCGGAUUUGAAUUAUCGGGUCGGAUUCAAUAAGGAGUGAAAACAGGGCUUUACCUCUUCGUCAUCGUGGGAGUUCCAGAUUGAGGCUUUGAACCGCCAUUGGUGCCGGUGAGGAUCACCUGGCUUGAAUUGUUUGGGAUGAUUCCUACGCCAUUGUUUUCGGGAAUAGCUCCACAGUUGCAAGCUAUGCAACCUUUUCAAUCCGUUGUGAGUUCGUUCUGGGAGUCUGGAAAUGUUCAUGAUCAUGUGAAGAGCUUGCGAGAAACCAUUGAUUUAUUACAAGCAAUGGAGAAAGAGCUGGAAGAAGUUCAUCAAAUGCGAAGAUUAAGUGGAAAUGAUGCUGAGGGAGAUGAGAUGCAGGGCAUGCAUCUGCAAAUAUUUGAGACAAUUAAAGCAAAGAGGAUUUCUUUAGAUAUUCAGGAAUCUCUUUCGUUGAAUGCUGCAAAAUCAUUAUUUUUCUCUCUGAAGAAUCAGCUUCUACCUUUCAGUUCUAUUGCUAGUGGAUUAGCUUCAUGGGAAGAAAGAUCGGCUACAGUUAAGUUGGCGCAAAAAUUCCAAAAGUAUAAGAGGAAUAAGCAUUGGAAGAAGAAAAAGAGGAAGCGUGUUGCUGAAAUGUUGCGCAAGGAGCGUGAAAAUUGUGAUAAAGCUGAUAAGGAAGUUGCUGAAUGGAGGGCUAGGGAGAUUGCCAAGGACAUUGCUAAGAGGAAGGUAGAGGACAUGAAGGCAAUUGCGAAGCUUAAAGCUAAUGAAGAGAAAAAGAGACUUGAAUCUGAGCUUGAGCUGAUCUUGGUUAUUGAGAAGUUGCAAGAACUUCGUUCCAUCAGGAUUCAAAAAUUGAAGAAACAAGGGCAUUUUCUUCCGGAAGAGGAUGACAAAUUUCUGGAACGAGUACGUGCUGCAGUUGAGGAGGAGGAGCGGCAAGCUGCUGCUCUAUCUGAAGUGUGUGCUACUAAGGAUGCUAUUGCUGCUGCUGAGGGAUCAAGGAAAGUUAACCAGAAUCCAAUCACUGAAGAAAAAGAUAUCAACCAUGACAAGAGUGACUCAACCACUAUGCAAGAUAGGUCCAAUGCAACAGGGAGUGAAAGAAACGUAGAUGUAGAUGAAUUUGUGCGCCCUGCACCUGAUGAGAACCCAAAGGAAAGACUAACUGCAAGCUAUGAUUCUGUGACAAAUUUACCAUUUGAGUUCUACCAUUAUUAUCACGGAAGCAACAAUGAUAUGGGAACCCUAAUCGAGGUCAGAAGAAUGUGGGAUGCAUAUAUUAGACCUGGUGGAAGCCGUAUACCAGGACAUUGGAUUCAGCCACCGCCGCCUGCAGAUGAGAUCUGGGCAUCUUAUCUUGUUACUAGGCCCAAGUGAAGACUUACCUAUCUGAGUGAUAGAGACCCAUCGCUUUCUGCCAAGAACUGCCCUGAUUCUAAAGCUUUGGCUAAGGAAACAUAAUUCACAAGAAAAAAAAGUAAUUUUACAAUGCAAACCAUCUGGAAACAAUCUCAAAUCCAUGGAUCAGGUCCACUGAAAAUGUUCUCUGUGUGCAUGUCUACUCAAAUGUAUUUUUCCAACCGUUAAAAAAGGGACCAGACUUCUUGUAAUGAAGAAAGACUUCUGGUUAUGACCAGAUUGAUUGGGUUUUGAGUAAUUGUUAUGUUUGUGGUUUUGAUGUAAAUCAAGAUAAUAUAUUUCUCAUUAGAGAUACUUUAAGUCAAGUAUCAGAAAUCCGUCCAGCAGUAAGAUUUAGA